AUGAAAACUUGCAUCGUGUUAACCAUAGCCUUGGUGUCCCUGGCUGUGGCCGGUAAAGUUGAGAAAGUGGCCAAAGAUUUCACUGCAAGUCAAAAGCAGCAGAUGGACGUUUUCCUGGGAAACCAGGCGAUAUCUAAACCUCAAAAUUUUCCAACAAAAUUGAAUGAACAUAUCGUUGAGCGUGAGUUUACCACACGUGUUGACCAUUUCAAUCUGCAAAGGACGGACACAUGGACGGCUCGUUAUCUGGUCAAUCCCGAGCAUUACCUUCCCGGAGGUCCGAUCCUGAUUCUGUUGGGAGGAAACGGAGACAUCGAUCCAUUCUACUUGGGCGAGGGAAAUCUGAUCUACGAUAUUGCCGAAGCUUUGAAUGGUGUUGUGAUUGCGUACGAGUCUCGAUUCUAUGGAGACAGCCAUGUUGGUUUGGAAGACACUAGCCUGGAAAACCUAAGACUCCUGAAUCUGGACCAAAUGCUGGCAGAUUUGGCUGAGUUCGUGCAGCACGUUAAAGAGCACGAGGUAGACUACGAAAAUACCAAUGUGCUGGUGGCCGGUUCAGGAUUGGGUGGAGCUCUCGCUACCUGGUUCCGGGUUCGGUAUCCCCACUUGGCUCAGGGUCUGUGGUCAUCGAGUGGAUUUCACCGGGCGUCCAUUGAUUAUUACGAAUUCGCCGAGGCUUGGUCGCAAACGUUGAUCGACUUUGGUAGCCAACAGUGUUACAACGAUAUCUUCGUGGCGUUCCACGUGAUGGAGAAUUUGUUCGAUGCUGGAUAUACUGAGGUCAUCAAUGAUCGUUUCAAUCUGUGCACACCCAUCGAAGAAGGUAACGAGCUGCAGCUGCAAUUCUUCCUGAGCCAGUUGAUGGGUUAUGUGGAGGGCGGUACCCUGCUUGCCCAGAAUGUAUCAUCAUUCGAUCAAGUGUGCGCAGAAAUCACCGGAGCCGACGUUCCCACCUCCUUGGAUGCGUUCGCCAGAUGGUUCAACGAAAACUUCUUCGCCGAGGGUUGCGCCCUCAGUUCGCUCGAAGAUUUCGCUCAGCUGUUCAGUGGCACCGCCUGGGAUCAUCCAGCCGUUCGGUUCGGCAACCGUCAAGUGUUCUACCAACGCUGCACCGAGGUCGGAUGGUUCCGCACCGCGAACUCACAGGACCAACCCUUCGGCAAUCGAAUCAGUGUGGAUAUGUAUGCGGAAACUUGCCGGCGGGUGUUUGGCGAUUGGUUCACGGUAGAAUCGCUGAAUCGUAAUGCCGAACGUACCAAUACCAGGUUCGGAGGGGACUCACCGGUGAUUUCGAAUGCUCAUUUCGUUAAUGGAGCGGAACAUCCCUGGCGUACGGUCAGUAUCGUUGAUCCUCGAGGGCCGGAUGCAUCGGCUCAGAUGAUCCCAAGGGAGCUGUUGAGUGCGGAUUUGUGGUCUAUUUCGGAGCAGGAUUCCGAUGAGCUGCGAGAGGCGAAGUUGCUGGUGAAAGAAAAAGUGACGGAGUUUAUGUAUCCACGGACGCCACGUGUUUAA